ACUACAAAGAAAUUGAUCCAAAAGUUAAGAGAUGAAGGGUGAGACACUCUUUUGAAUAAAGUUGUUUCUGUUUGUGAGAAAAAUGGCAUUCCUGUACCCGAUAUGAAGGAUACUUAUAGAGACAUUGUACGCUCUCGUCUUAAGAAAGACAUUGUUAGCGUUGAACAUCAUUAUCGAGUUGAUGUGUUCAUUGCUGCAAUUGACAGCCAGUUGCAUGAGUUGAAUUCUAGAUUUAACGAGUCUGUAACAGAACUUCUUCGACUUAGUACUUCUUUGGACCCAAGAAAGCCUUUCGUUAUUGAUGAUAUUUGUAAAUUGGUAAACAAGUACUAUCUGUUGGACUUUACAGAGCAAGAGAAACUUCAGCUAAGAUCUGAGCUACAACACUAUGAGCUAGAUAUUCCCUAUCACCCGAAGCUGAAAAAUGCUCGUUCACUUUCAGAGUUGUGUAGGGGUUUGCAAGAAACGCGGAAGUAUGAAAAUUAUGAAUUGGUGGACAGAUUGAUUCGUCUUAUAUUAACUCUUCCGGUUUCAACCGCAACAAGUGAAAGAGCCUUCUCUGCGAUGAAAAUUGUCAAAACAAGACUACGGAGCACCAUGAGUGACGACUUUCUUAAGAGUUGUUUGAUUCUUUACAUCGAAAAAGAGAUUACCGAGACCUUUUCUACAGAUCAGCUAAUACAUGAUUUUGAUUCUUUUAGCAGAAGACGUGUCAAACUGAGACCGCACAAGGUUCCCACAUGAAAAAGUGAAGUGUGCAUCUAGGAUUUUGACAACCUUGAAGGUUAUUUUUUUUUGCAAAACUUACAUAGCUACUAUCUUGUAAGUUUUAUCUACUUCUCUUGCAACCUUUGUCUAGUUUUAUCUUUUUAGUAA